UGCUAUAUAAUGUUGGGUCAUAAAUUUAAUCAGUGGAGAAUUCCAACUUUGCUUGAUGCUUAGAGCAACUAAUCAACCGGUCCCAUGUAGGAUGCUUGAAAUGGGUGAUUAGCCAAAUAAAUGAUGUUUCCAAGACUAAGUUAAUUUUGGCCAUAUAGUGGGUCCUAGUAAACCAUGGGAUUUCGGUUUUUAGGUAGGUGAUCAGAAUCUAGAUACUCCUAACCCUAUUUAACCUUGGUGCACGUCUUUGCUAGUAGGUGAAGUGUGUGGUCUUUCAAGUUUGAAGCCAAUCUGGGAAUUCUGGAACCCAACAGAGCCCUGGUGCAGGUUGGCAAUAGAAGACGUGGGUGCAGAAUGUUGUGUUGGAAACAUGUCUAGGGUGAAUAGUGAUGGCUCUGGUUUUGUGUGACUUUUGUGACUUUUACCGUAUUUGGAUUCAAGUCAAAAAAGAGUCAGUCAAGCCCUUGCUUUCCCUCCCUACCCCACAAGAAAGUGAAAUAACACAUACGUUGUCUCCCUUAGAUUCCUUUCUUUAUUUCAAAACCUCUCUCUCUCUCUACCCUGAUGUGUCUGUCCCUGUUCUUCAUUCCUAUUACAGUUUGGUGGGGUAGAUAAUGUUUCCUUUGUCAGGAUUCUCUUUUACUAACAAAGGACUAGAAACAAAAGAAUAGAUGAAAACCCCAAAAUCCAAUUAAAAAAAUCUAAAGAAGAAACCAGAAUCUGUGUCUGUUUCUCUCUCUACCUAUCCCACAAUCUUUAAGGAGCUGCCUUCCCUUUGAUUUGUUUUCUCAUGUGAAGACAGUCAUGGCAAAGAGCUUCUCCCAAGACGUCCCCAAGAGGCACUUCCACUGGACAAAGAAGGUUAGUAACGAAGAUGAAGAAGUCCCAACCAUCAAGUCGUCCUCAAACAACACUGAGGAUGAAAAGAAAGAGGUUAAUAAGGCCGCGGUGACAACAGAGCCGGCGGCUUCAACACCUCCCCCAAGGAAGAAGCUGCAAGCAAUAGCAGUUUCAAGGCUGCGUUCGGUUCUCACUGCGUUUAACAAGAACCGUUCACACUUGCCACUGGGGCUUGGACCCAAAGUGGUGGGUACCCUCUUUGGAAACCGGCGUGGGCAUGUACACUUUGCAUUCCAAAGGGAUCCGAACUCUCAACCGGCCUUCUUGAUCGAACUAGCCACUCCGAUAAGCGGAUUGGUCCGGGAAAUGGCGUCGGGGUUGGUUAGAAUCGCUUUGGAGUGUGACAAGGAGAAGGAAGAAGAGAAGAAGGCAGUGAGACUGCUGGAAGAGCCUGUGUGGAGGACUUACUGCAAUGGGAAGAAGUGUGGCUUUGCGAUGAGGAGAGAAUGUGGGCCGAAGGAUUGGAAGGUUUUGAAGGCUGUGGAGCCAAUUUCAAUGGGUGCUGGGGUUUUGCCUGCUGGGAAUGAAGAAGGAGAUGGAAAUGAUGGUGAGAUAAUGUACAUGAGGGCCAAGUUUGAAAGAGUGGUGGGGUCUAGAGAUUCUGAGGCUUUUUAUAUGAUGAACCCCGAUAGCAAUGGAGCUCCUGAGCUCAGUAUUUACUUGCUUAGAGUCUAAGUUGCCAUGGGAGUUCUGAAUUACUCAGUUCCUCUUUCUUUUUUCCUUCAAGACUUCAGAACAGUGAACUAAUGAUACUUGUGUAACUCUUGAGCCAAGGACAUGGAGGCAUCUAAGUUCUCUCCAAUGUUUUUCUUGUCUUCUUUUUUUUUUUUUUUUCCUUCUUUUUUUCUUUUCUAUAGAAAAUGGUAAACUGGGUUUAAUGUAUUUUUCUAGCUUUGGGAUGGAAUGGGAAAUAUAUAUAUUUGUCUCACUAUUACUACA